AUGGAUUACGAUUUAAUAUCAAAAAUGUCUGUCGAAGAGUUGAAGAACUACUUGAGAGUUAGAAAUUUAAGGAUAAGUGGAAGAAAGGAAGAACUAAUUGCUCGAGUGUUUUCAGCAGCUGAGAACUUCGUCCAGCCUGUGAAAACUGCUCAAGAAGUAGAGAGUAAUUUAAAAGAGGAGUAUCAGAAGAAGCUGAAAAUAAACGAUAGAACACUUCCAGAUCCUUUUAAAAUACCUCACGGUUGGAUGGAUGAGCAAGAAGGAAUAAAGUUUUGGCCCAUGGUGUUGUAUCCUGACAUCUUUAGCUACCUUAUGUUUUAUCCAUCAGAACUAGGUUGUUCAGAUUUAAAUGACUACAAAAACUCAAAGGCAUAUAGCUAUUAUAAAUCUGGAUGGCUUCAACCUCUCGCCUAUCAUGAUUUAUCGGGAAGUAAUUUUUGCAUUUUUAAAGGUACAUGCAGAAAGUCGCAAGCGAUUAACGAUCCUUUCCAUAAACUAUGGUUAAUUCUGGAAAAAAGUGGUAAGAUAAUGUCGUGCCAUUGUACAUGCAUGGCUGGAAUGAGCCAGACAUGUAAUCAUGUUGCGGCUGCUUUAUAUCGCAUUGAAGCUGCUGUCAGAAUUGGACUUACAAAUACAGCUUGUACAAGCACCGCUAACGAGUGGCUUCCUAACAGAAAGCAAGUAGCUCCAACUAAAAUUAAAGACUUGAAUUUUAGCAGAGAUAACUUUUCAGACAGAGGAAAGAGAAAGCGCCCUUUAGUAUCGACACCUAAAAAGAACUUUGAUCCUCUUCAACAUUGUGGCGAGAAAUUACUUUCUCUUAACGAAAUAGCAGACGAAUUAAAAGAAAUUAUUCCUGAAAGUAUUUUAUUUACUGCUGUACCAAAACCAGAAAUUGACUUUGUUAAAGAGUGUUUAAGUAUUUCUGAUGUAACUCAACCAUCAGACAUAUACAGUAUAAGUGACAUACUUGCAAUGUCAAAAACAAAAACUGAAUUUGAAUGCAAUCUAGUGGCAAUCUAUAUGUAA